UUUUCUCCCCCCUCCUCCCUCUCUCCCUCUCUCGCUCCCUCCCUCUCUCCUUCUUUCUUGCUCAGAAGUUGGCAAAGGGGGUUUUCUUAAUCAGACUGUUUUUUUGGUCCGAGGGAAAGGAGGAAGAAGGAGAUUGUGAUGGAGAAAAGGGGUCUGUAAAACGUCAGGCACCGCACAAAGGCUUUGCCACGUAAUUACAGGCUCCUAUUAAGUCGAGAUCUGCCCUCCCAGGGGUCUCCAAUUUUCUUGUAUUCCCUACAAAGCCUCCUCUGCAUGCCAGUUUGUGCCUUUUGAAGUGCCAGAGAGCUUCUUGAUCCAACUGAGAAGGAAAAAGGAGCUCAGCAAGAAGAGGGGGAGAGGGAGAAGGGAACGGGGAAACCCACCACCCUCCUUCGGACUCUUGGAGCCCUUUUUUUUUUUUUUUUCCUUACGAAAAGUAAAGUGAGAAUCCUGCUCUCCAAUACAUCUGCAAGACAUCACCCUCUCCUCCUGAAACUUUAGUCACUCCUGAGAAUCCACAGGAGUGCAGAGAGGGGGAACACGUUUUCUUGAAGAUGUUUUAAAGCUGGAACAAGCCUUCUUCUGUUGGUGCUUGAACUCUUGCCUGGGAAUAACUUUUUUAACCUUAAAAAAAAAAAAAACCACUUUGAUUCUUCUCUCCCACCCCUUCUUCUCUGUUCUUCUGUUUGCCUAACUCCCCCGCCCUGCUGGCCUCCCCUUUCCUCUCUCCCCCUUAUUAUUAUUUUUAGUGUGUGCGCGUGGACGCUUUUGGAGAGCUGGAAGGGAUUUUUUUCUCCUGACUUGAACAUAGGGUGACUUUUAAUUUUAUUUUUUGGUGUGGAUUAUCUCUUUGGACCCCGCCGGACUUGGCCUCAGGAAAGCAACCGAGGCUGUCGAAGGCUGCUGGUGCAGAACGCUCUGCUCUACACAAGGGGGUCCCCCGCCCUCUUUCCACUUUUUUUUUGUUCUUCCCCUCCUUCUCUCUCUCUCUCUCUCUCUCCCUCUCUCUCUCUCUCUCUCUCUCUCCACUCCCCCCCUCUCUUCCCCACUCUUCUCCUCUCCCCCCUCGCGCCCACAGCGUUUGGUGUUGAUUCGAGCGGGAAGAGGGGGGUGGGUGGGAUCGGAGGGGGAGACCAUGACCUCCAGCUACGGGCACGUUCUGGAGCGGCAACCGGCGCUGGGCGGCCGCUUGGACAGCCCGGGCAACCUCGACACCCUGCAGGCGAAAAAGAACUUCUCCGUCAGUCACCUGCUAGACCUGGAGGAAGCCGGGGACAUGGUGGCGGCGCAGGCGGACGAGAGCGUGGGCGAGGCCGGCCGGAGCCUACUGGAGUCGCCGGGACUCACCAGCGGCAGCGACACCCCGCAACAGGACAAUGAUCAACUGAACUCAGAGGAAAAGAAAAAGAGAAAGCAGCGGAGGAACAGGACAACCUUCAACAGCAGCCAGCUGCAGGCUUUGGAGCGUGUCUUUGAGCGGACACACUACCCAGAUGCUUUUGUGCGAGAAGACCUCGCCCGCCGGGUGAACCUCACCGAGGCCAGAGUGCAGGUGUGGUUUCAGAACCGAAGAGCCAAAUUCCGCAGGAAUGAGAGAGCCAUGCUGGCCAAUAAAAACGCUUCCCUCCUCAAAUCCUACUCAGGAGAUGUGACUGCUGUGGAGCAGCCCAUCGUACCUCGUCCUGCUCCGAGACCCACUGAUUAUCUCUCCUGGGGGACGGCCUCUCCGUACAGCGCCAUGGCUACUUAUUCUGCCACAUGUGCCAACAAUAGCCCUGCACAGGGCAUCAACAUGGCCAACAGCAUUGCCAACCUGAGACUGAAGGCCAAGGAAUAUAGUUUACAGAGGAACCAGGUGCCAACAGUCAACUGAGGAAAAAAAUAAUUAAACAGGCCUAAGAAGAAAUCAAAAACCAUAAGACACCUAUCCUGCUCUGUCAUUUCUACAUCUGCUGGAAAAAAAUAAAAACAAACAAACAAACAAACAAACAAACACAGAACUAAACUAUUGGGACCAUGGCAGAGAAAAGCAGGAGAGGAGCAAAAUGAAAAUUAGUUAACAAAUGUUCCUCCUCCCUCUGGGAUACCACCACCACUUGUUUCUGUGUGUGUUAAUUUUGUUUUUCCUUCUAUUCAUAUGCUUUGCUUGAUAUACUCUGAGCUUCUUCAGUUAAGUUCAGCCCACCCACCCCCAUGAUUGUAUGGGUUUUAAAAGAAUCUACAGCAGCCAAAGAAACCAUAUAUGUAUAUAUAUUCAGAAUAAUUGCCUAUAGUCUCCUCAUUGACCUGUUUGAACCUCAGUGUCUUACACUAUCCUUCUUCCUAGUUCUCUGUACAGAAGCUCUAGGAACUUCUGAAAAGCCAAAGUCUUUCUGAAGAAUCUGUGCCAGACAUAAUUCCCUUUCUCAUUGUCUCCAUCUCUGUUGGUCAUGGUAAGCUUGUACCAUCAGCUACUGGAAAGAAGAAGCAAUUGUAUACAACAUCUGGUCACUGGCCUGUCUGAUCCAGUGUGAUUGGCUAUGUCUGGCUAAUUCUAAGCUCUAAGUUCUAGAUCUAAGCUCUAGAUUUAAGCUCUAAACUAUAGAGGAUAAUAUUACCAUCACUACCACCCUUCACCCCUAUCCAAUCAAUCAGCCAUCCUAAGUUAAAGAUAUUUGUUGUUUCUUGAAUGAUUUGCUGUCAUAACGCUAUUUGAUAGAAGACAUAUUUUUCACUUGAGAGAGGGAGAGACAUUUCUCUAGGAAAACAAAGACUAAGUUGUGAAAGGCAUGGCCUAUAUCUCUUUGGUGCCUUAAGGGUAGUCAGAUGCACACUCAUAUAUAUACUGUAUAUAUUUAUAUAUUAUAUAUAUAUAAAAUAUUCUUGCAAGCUUGAGUUUGCAGUUUCUCAAACACUACAAAGAGCAAAUUUCACACCAUCACCAGUGUCUUUAUUUCUACAGUGAUAAGACUUUUUAUUAGGGAUCUCAUUUCCUUUCUUUCGCUACACAAAAUUCUCAUUACGGCCACAGAGCAAUUGAUAGGGCAGCUGUUUGAAAACAGGUCUAAUUUUCACAUUAGGGUUUUAAAUAAAUUAGAAACUAUUUGAGGCUAUGAAAAUGUCCUUGAGUUUGGCACCUGAACUCUGGUGGAAUGCUGAUACAUUCUGAUCUAUCACGGGAAUUACACUUAGAAGAGGGAAAGCCAUUUAGUCAUCUGUCCUUUUUCCACUCAACAGAAAUCUGAAAGAUACAUCUUUAAAGAUGUAUCUUUCAGAUUUCAGAAUACUUAAAGGUUUAUCUAAAUUCUAAAAAUUUAAAAGGCAAUUGUGGGCUAUUUUUAUCUUCUAAUAUAUUGAAAUAAAGUUUGGUGUCUAGGGCUGGGAGCCAGGACUGACCUUUUCUUUGUUUCUUUCUCUUUGUUUCCACCCAUGCUUUUGUAACUUGUCAGGUAAACUUGACCAAACCAUGUUACCAUGCUGUGCCUUGGUUUACCUUUUUUGUAAAAUGGGUUUAACAAUACUUACCUACCUCACAGGGGUGUUGUGAGGCUCUAAUCAUUUGCUUCUUCAUUCUUUCCUGUAUUCUCUGUAUGUCCAGCGCUUUGUAGCCAUGGGAGGAAAGGGAAUAUAAAAGUAUACCAUGUUAAUAGAAGGCUGCUGUACCCAGAAGCCUUGUUUUCUAGCAAGGAAAUGCUACCUUGCUGUAAAUACUUAUAACCUUGUAUUUGGAAAUGAGAAAUAGGUUUAUAUUUGCAGACCUCUCAAAAAAUCACAUCAUUUGACCAAAGAAUAAUUUAAGACACACAGAAUAGACAUAUCUUUGACUUAUGUUUUCAUCCUGACCAACUUGGAUUUCUAAUAAUUUUUAUCAGUAAUUUGAAAAGGUUUAGAUUGAUUUUGGCCAAAUAUGCCAACUCUGAGUGACAGGCAAGGAUUUGGGAUUUAAGAUGCACUUUCAGUACAGAUUUGUUAUUUUCCCUGGUGUAUCAGAUUAAGCUAAUGGUGGUAUUUUUUCAGUCAAACAGCCACCAAUCUGAAAAUGUAUUUCCUAUGUUGAUUCUGAACUUCUUUUAUUAAGAAGGAAGCACAUCUUAUGCAUUUUGCUUUCAUCAGUUGAUUCCCUCUUCUUUUAACAUACUAUUAAAACAUUUCUUACUGAAUGGUUUGUGUAGGCUGGCUGAACAACACACAUUAUUUGCUUCCUAAAGUAUUCUUCAACUAAUUCUUUUGUCCCACUAGCUGCUGCAGAUUAUCAAGUUUCAAAGGAACAGUGUAUCCUAACAGAUUAAAACAUUCUUUGUGAAAUGAGUGCAGUCCAAGAAAUUGGUGAACUUUUGGAGUUUGGGGAGAACAGCUAAAAGAGGAUUUGUGUUAUAUAGUGCAGGGAAGAGACAUCAUACGUGAAAAGAUUUUGCUAAAAAGGGGGAAAUCUUAGAAGAGGGAGUAAAGAGAUAGAGGAUCAUGUAAAACAAGGUCAUUUGAAACUUGCAUCCUGACAUUCAUUUCCAGUGAUGAAGAGAAAAGCCUGAACCCAUAACCCCAGUGCUGGAUGAAAUUAGGCAAUUUUACCCAACACCUGGGCAAGUGCUGUCCAGAAAUAUCAUAGAGUAACCAGUGCUGUCUGCCACAGGAGCUUUUAUUGCUAGUGAAUCAAUACCACAGACAUCUAUUAUGUAAGCAUCUGAUGGAGAAAUGUACACAGGGUACAAGCACUCAAUUUUGUUCAUUCAUUAUUGAUUAAAAAUAUAGAAGUUUGAUAUGUGAUUUGGAGGAGUAGCCUUCUGGCUCCUAAACCAGGUGUCAACAGAGGGCCUCAGGGACACAAAAUUCAAAGGCAUAUCCCUGUUCCUUAUCAUCUAUACCCAGAUAACAGAUGAAUACAUACAAACUAUCUGUCUGUGUCCCCAGUCCCCCCCCCCAAACAAGGCGCUGAUUUGUAGGGUACUUGGCAGGUUAAAUCAAGCAGGAAGAAGUGACCGGAUAAAAAAGGGAAUGACAUUUAGGGUAUAAAGAUCUCAUAAGAAAUGUAAUAUGUAAAUUAUAUCUUGCUUUAUGAUGUAAAAUAUACAUUGUUUGCGCUAGAAUAGAAAUGAUUCCUUUUCAAUAAAAAGAAAGAAGGAUACUACUAUG